GGGAGUCGCGGAAGUGCGGGGGCGCGCGUGGGGUGGAUCUGGGCGGUGGCGGGCGGCAAUUGUCACUGGUGGCGGCAACAGCAGCGUUAGAGCAGCGAGAUGAUGGUAGGUUCCUGGUCCCUGCAGUGAUGUCUGAAAAGGUCCCAAGAGAUAGGAGACAUAGGUUGAUCUUGCAGAGAUGGCUGAGCAAGAACCUACCCCUGAGCAACUGGCGCAGAUUGCAGCUGAAAAUGAAGAGGACGAGCACUCUAUCAAUUACAAGCCCCCUGCCCAGAAGAGCAUCCAGGAGAUUCAGGAUCUAGACAAAGAUGAUGAGAGUUUACGAAAGUACAAAGAGGCCCUGCUGGGAAAUGUAAACGUUGCUGCUGAUCCCAGCAUUCCAAAUGUGGUGGUAACAAAACUGACUCUGGUUUGUGCCACUGCCCCUGGCCCAUUGGAGUUGAAUCUCAGAGGUGACUUGGAGAGUUUCAAGAAGCAGUCCUUUGUGCUGAAGGAAGGUGUGGAGUACCGGAUAAAGAUCUCAUUUCUGGUGAACCACGAGAUCGUUUCAGGGUUGAAGUACAUUCAACAUACAUUCAGGAAAGGAGUAAAAAUUGACAAGACUGAUUACAUGGUUGGGAGUUAUGGGCCACGUGCUGAGGAAUAUGAGUUCUUAACACCUAUGGAAGAAGCCCCCAAGGGUAUGCUGGCCCGGGGCAGCUACAACAUCAAAUCGAAAUUUACAGAUGAUGACAAGUCAGACCAUCUGUCCUGGGAGUGGAACCUGACCAUCAAGAAGGAGUGGAAGGAUUAGUCUUUCCAAUGCCAAAUCCUAAAUGUUGUUCAGACAGUGGCUACAGUAGAAACCCCACCCUGUACCAAAGUGCUGGCAUUGGAUACCCUUCCCUUCCCCCUUCCCCUUUAGCUCACCAAGGAGACUUCUUGGCUCAACGCCCCCAUAUUCCCUUUGAGAAUCACAAAGAAAUUGACCAAACCUACCCCGUCUGUCCCUGAGUACAGAGCAGGCAUGCUUCAUGUCCGUCACCUGGGCUCGUUUCAUUGCUGCUUCUUACCCAUUGGAAUAUAUUUCAUGCAGGUUCUAAAAGGAAAGCAGUGUCCCUACUUGUUGCGGGGGGAAGGGGGAUUUGGAAGCAUUCCUGUCUCUCGACAAGAGGUGAAGUGCUGAGGAAUCAUGAAUCCAUGCAGAGCUGGCAACUGCCUGCUGCCCCAAUUGUUUCCAGGCUCAAUCAUGUUCAUGGCCUGCCUUCUCCCUUCCCUCUGGGGUGGGGCAUAGGCUGGCUUUCCAUUUGUGAUGGUUUCUGUAACCAUGAUGCCUUAAAGUGUGUAACAUACAUCCCCCAGGGAGGGGCCCCCAGACCUUGUUACACUUUUUUAUAUGUGCUCCAGUUCUGUCCAUACACAUAGUUCCUUCCCUUCUGAUUUGCAUCUUCUGGCUACACCAUAAUCCUGCUGAAGCUGAUUUCCCCAAGGCCUUAAGCAGGGUUCUGGCUGCUACACUCUCCCCAUGGUCAGAGAAGCAUUUGCUUCCAGCCAGCGGGAAUGGGCUUAGAAGUUACUAGUUCCACUGUCAUUUCCUUGUCAGUUCUGUCACAUCUGUUGCAAAGUAUUGAAGCCCUUGGGGCAGCCUCUGGGUUUCUGGGCUGGAAGAUGGAUUGGCCUAGCUCAGCUGCUCCUCCUCUGAUCUGAACAAAGAGCUUGCGAUGGACAAAUGCUGAAGAGCAGUGAAUGCCUUAUGUAUCUGUUCUGCCUUUGAAAUUUUGUGCCUGGCCUGUCAGUAUUUAUUAUUGCCUUGAUUAGAUUCCUUUUCUUCAUGAUACCUGAGCAGCCCCAGAAAAACCUCAGUGACCUGGCAGUGGAGGAAGCAGGAGGUUUGCAGAAUCUGAAAAUCUCUGCUUGCCAGGCAGGCGUGUUCCCCCACCUCGGCAGUCCAGCUCAGUGGGCUGCUUUGAGUCCCCAAACUGUGCUAGAACUGGGACCAAGUGUGUGGUUCUUUCAUAGCUAUGUCUCUGCCCGUACAUCCUCCUCCCUGCUCCUUUCCUUACAGGAGAUUUUUGUUUGAUUUGGCACAUUUUUGUCUGUAAAUCUUAGACACGGUUUAACAGAUUUGGAACCAUCAGCUUCCCCUUCUGACAGUUACAAUAAAAUCUUGAAACUUA